GAUGGCGGAGUGGCGACGGACGGCAACCUCCCGACUUUCGGAAGGUGGCGAAGACGCGAAAGAACGUCCUUCGCCGGCCGCUGUUUGCUGAAAACACGGCGUGAUGUGCAAAGGAGUGCGGAUGAACACACGGAGGUGUGGAGUACUGCCGUCCUUGUAGCAUAAACAAAAGCAUGGGCCAAGGUAACAGCAACGCGACGCUCAGGGAACUGUGGAUGGCCUCGCUGUGCGCCCUGGCGCUGUCCACGUCGUCUCCGGUGCUGUGGAACGUGGAAAUACCGAGUCCUCCAACCAGGAGCGACUUUGGAUCAUGCGAGCCCGUCGCUGGCCGCCGACCGAAGAUGUACGGACCGUCGCUGCCGUCAUCCGGCGAUCUAGUCAUCAACGUGACCCUGCUUCUGCCUGCGCUUCACCAGGGAGUGAGGGAGAGCGUGAAGUACCUGCAAAAACACGGCUUCCAGAAGUCCAAGUACGAGAACGUUACCUGGCCCAGGCUGAGACGACGUCCUGGGGCUCGAGAGUACGAGACCGUGGCCUACGCCUCUCAAUUUGCCACAGAAUACAUCACUCGCAGGUUAAAACUGGCGCCGGACGACGUCCACGGUGCCGUCAAGUGUGUCGACGUCAGAGACACGGCGCUGGGCCGCAUCUGCCCCAGGGAGCUGAUCGACGAGGAGGACGUGGUGUGCCCGCGGAAAACGCUGCACUAUCGCACCCCCGACGGCACCUGCAACAACUUCGACCGACCGUCGUGGGGCGCCACCUUCUCGACGCUUGUGAGGCUGCUGCCCGCCAGGUACGCCGACGGCAUAUCUAGACCCCGCGUCUCGACCAGCGGCUCUCCGCUGCCCAGCGGUCGCUCGGUCAGCCAGACGCUGACCACCCUCCGGGACCGGACGGGCAGCUCGGACGACCCGCGGGUCACCCUGAUGCUGAUGCAGUGGGGUCAGCUGGUCGACCACGACGUCUCGCUGACCACGCUGUCCGUGUCCCGCUCGGGGUUCCCGCCCAAGUGCUGCCGUCCUCUCAUGUCUCCCGAGGACGUGCACCCGGAGUGCAUGGCCAUCGCGGUCUCGUGGCGGGACCGGUUCUACCGCAAGUUCGACGCCACCUGCAUGGAGUUCAGCCGCUCGGCGCCCGCCGCCAAGCGAGGCUGCAGGUUGGGUGCACGUGACCACACCAAUCAAGUGACGGCGUUCAUAGACGCCUCCACGGUUUACGGUUCGACGGCCGAGGAGACAAACCAGCUGAGGUCGUUCAGGAAAGGCAUGCUUCGGACCCUGGAUACUAAGUGGUCCAAGCCGCUGCUGCCUCCAGGUUCCGAGGCCGAGAUCCUGGAGUGCCAAGAGAGGGGCCGCAACUCCAAGUGUUUCAUGGCAGGUGACUCUCGUGUGAACGAGCAACCGGGUCUGACGGCACUCCACACCAUCUGGAUGCGGGAGCACAACCGCGUGGCGCGCCAUCUGUCCACACUCAACCCUGGCUGGGACGACGAACGACUCUUUCAGGAGGCUAGGCGAGUGGUUGGCGCAGAGGUGCAGCACGUCACGCUGACGGAGUUCCUCCCCGCCGUGCUGGGCGAGUCGGUGGCACAGAUCUUCGGUCUCAAGCCGGCCACGUCGGGCCACUGGCGCGGCUACGACACCACGGUGGACCCCGGCGUGUCGAAUGUGUUCGCCGCGGCCGCCUUCCGCUUCGGCCACAGCCUGGUGCCGCACGCCUUUCACCGGUACGACAAGAGGCACCGGCUCCUUCUCAAUGACACCCCUCUUCACUCGGAGUUCUUCAACCCGACGCACCUGUUCCGACCGGGCGCCGUGGACCGUCUCGUCCUGGGUCUGGUCAACCAACCGGCAUCCGGCAUGGACGAGCAGCUCAGUCCCGAGGUGACCAACCGGCUGUUCCAGCCGCAGGGCCAGGACUUCGGACUCGACCUCAUGGCGCUCAACGUGCAGAGGGGUCGCGACCACGGACUGCCGCCCUACGUCGCGUGGCGGCGCCACUGCGGGCUGCAGCCGGUGCGCGGAUUUCAAGACCUUGAGCAGUUCGUAGGACCAGCCGCGUCUCAGGCGCUUGGGAAGUUGUACGCGUCUAUCGAUGACGUGGACCUGUUUCCGGCUGGGAUCGCGGAAAAACCCGUGCUGGGUGGCGUGGUGGGUCCCACGUUCGCCUGCCUCAUCGCAGAGCAGUUUGUGCGCAUGCGCAAGGGCGACCGCUUCUGGUACGAGAACGGGGGCCUCGCGUCCUCCUUCACCAGUGAUCAGCUGCGUGAACUGCGCAAGGUGACGUUGGCGCGGGUGCUGUGCGAUAACCUGGAUGACAUCGAGACGAUCCAAGCCCGAGUCAUGGAGCAGGUCGACCAAAGACGGAACAGAAGACAACCGUGCAUGAGAAUCCCGGAGAUGAACUUGUCGUUCUGGAAAUAUUAAUAUAUUCGUACAACUGAACGGA